AUGCAAAGGCUCGGCACGCUACAGGCCACUGGAGCCUUCAGGAGCAGUCCAUCAGCUACUCUAGAAGUCGCUCUUGGGCUGCUACCACUGGACAUCUUCAUCAGAUCUGAGGCCCUCAAGGCAGCUUACCGUCUGAGGGUUGCAAAUCUUUGGAGGGAAGGCCUGUCAGGGGCAGGCCACUGCGCCAUUGCUAAGACUUUGGCUGAGUGUCCUGUGCUUGACAUGACCUCGGACUUCCUAAGCAAGGAAGCAGUUUUCACCAAACCCUUUAAUGUUGAAUUCCGCUCCAGAGAUGAGUGGAAACAUCAGGAAGGGCAUCUCCAAGAUAUGGAGAGCUUCAUAUGGUACACAGACGGCUCCCUAAUCGAUGGAAAAUCUGGUUUUGGGGUUUACUGUCGAUCACCCAGAAGAGAACUAUCAGGAAGUCUGGGACAAUACUGUACCAUCUUCCAGGCAGAAAUCUAUGGCAUCUUGGCUUGUGCCAACCUAGGACUAGCCAGACGGUACCAAGACAAAAGGAUAGUGAUUUUAUCUGAUUGUCAGGCUGCUCUCAAAGCUCUUGACUCAAAUGAAGUCACCUCAAAACUGGUCUGGGAGUGUUUCAACACCCUCUGCAGACUUGCAUCACAGAACUCUGUAACUCUCGGCUGGGUCCCAGGCCAUGUAGGCAUUGGCGGCAACGAAAGUGCAGACAAGCUGGCAAAAAAAGGUGCGAGCAUGCCACUUUAG